AUGGCGCCUGUAUUUGACACGCCCCGGCCACGCGUGAGAAGCUCUGCACGCCCUCCCCGACGACACAUCUCCGAUUCGGCGCCCCCCAAGCAGAAACUAAAGUACAUUCCCGGUGGACCGGGCGGCGGGGGACGAUACGUGGAUGACGAGGGCAAAGAGACACCUGUCGGAGGAACUGGGCCCGGCGGAUACGCGUAUACCGGUCCUCGAGGUCGUGUCGGUCGCCUCAACGCUGAACGCCAAGGCCUUCCCAUAACAGCACCCUCUCCCUCAUACUCACGACCCCGCCGCGAACGGCCGCCAGCUGGACCGCGAUCCAGCUCGGCCGCUGCCGUCGCCGCCGCCGUGGCGCAAAGCGAUGGCUACAAGCCGCGCGAGGAGCGGAGUUGGGACGAGUUCCACCCAGACCUGGACAUUGAUGCCGACAUACCCAUCUUCACGGCGGACCAGAUAGAUGGUAUCAGUCCUGCGGAAUCAGCCCCAGGAACGCCGCUAAACGGCUCCUCCAGCGGCCAAUAUGCCGUGGACAAUGGCAUUGCGGCCAUGAUCGAUGGCCUCCGUGCCCAACAGGCUGACUUAGCUGAGCAGCAGCAAGAGGAAGCCAGCUAUGCGGUCAAUGGAACAGGAGCCUUGGUGACGCCCAAACGACGACCUGGCCGUCCACCGCGCAACAAAGAUUCCAUGCUGGCUGGGCUAGGUUCGCCACCUCGGCCGCGCAUCAAUCCUCUCCCGACUAUGAAUCCGAGAGAAAAGUUGAACCUACCGAAGCCAUCGGUCCGUCGAGUCGACCCCUUCAAAGCCCACGAAGAGAGCGAAGGGGUCAAAGUGAACUACGUCGAUCGGACAAUGGCAAAUAUUGGUUACCAGGAAAGCGAGGUCUUCCUGAGGCCGGAGCACGGUCUCAUACGGCUACCGGAAGGCUCCAUUGAGGAAGAUCUUGACACGACUCUCCAAACGGAAGCCGAGAGCUCUGUGGGUGCAAUUGCAGUUGGGCGAGUCGAGUACGAUAUGGAUGAGCAAGAUGAUGCGUGGCUCGAAGCGCUGAACCAUCAACGGGAGAAGGAAAACCUGCAAAGCAUCAAACCUGCUAUUUUUGAAGUCACCGUCACACAGAUUGAGAAGGAAUGGCACGCGUUAGAGAAACGCAUUCCCAAGCCCAACCCUAAGCCCCCCCAGACACAUCGUCCGCGGUCGAGUAGUGCUGCCGCAGUCAAUGGUGAGCCUGCUGGUCAAGGUGAGGAGCAAGACACCAAAUGCGCCAUAUGCGACGAUGGUGACUGUGAGAACACCAAUGCGAUAGUUUUCUGCGACGGUUGUGACCUGGCCGUCCACCAAGAAUGUUACGGGGUCCCCUUCAUACCCGAAGGUCAAUGGCUGUGCAGAAGAUGUCAACUCGUCGGUCGCGGUACACCUGUUAGUGAGCAUCCGGGUUGUAUAUUCUGCCCAAACAAAGACGGCGCUUUCAAGCAAACGACGACAAUGAAAUGGGCCCAUUUACUAUGCGCCAUGUGGAUACCUGAGGUAUCGCUUGGUAACGCUACGUUUCAGGAGCCUGUACAGGAUGUCGAGAAGGUCCCGAAGACGCGCUGGAAACUCUGCUGCUACAUCUGCAAACAAAAAAUGGGCGCCUGUAUUCAAUGCGGCCACAAAUCCUGUUUCGAGGCGUUUCAUGUAACUUGUGCACGCCGAGCAAGACUAUGUCUACGGAUGAAGUCGUCACAAUCCACAAACCAUCAAGAUGGCACCGUCUUGAAGGCAUACUGUGAUCGACACACCCCCUCUGACUGGAGGCGAGAGUAUGAUGUGGAGACUGCCAUCGCAGACAUGAAAGCUUACUACAGACACACCAUGCGGCACGCUCGAUGGCCCGAUAGCCAAGCAUAUGCCCUUUCGAUAGGGUCAACACACGCAAUGCCAUCGAUUGAAGCAGACGACGACGAUGCCACACCUGGCACCAAGCGUAAGCGGGGUUCAACAUCAAAGUCAUGGAGACUUCCGUCUGGAGCACCCGUUGUCCCACAGGCCGUCUACCACAAUGUGGAGAAUGCUUUGCAAAGAUUCAAUUUCGGCAAACGUAAGGAGUUUGUACAGGAAGUCUGCAAGUACUGGACACUGAAGAGAGAAGCGCGUCGAGGCGCUGCUCUGCUGAAGCGACUCCAGUUACAAAUGGAAGCGUUCUCCUCCAUGGAAAUCACUCGUCGUAAUUUUGCGGGUAUGGGAGCCGCAGGACGGCCGCGACUCCAUCGCCGUAUCGAGUUUGCAGAGCAUCUCGAAAGUGACAUGGAACAGAUACGGAAGCUUUGCGAGUUGGUCAAACAACGAGAAGCAAAGAAACUUGAAGACGUCAAACUCCUGCAGGACAUUGUCGAUUGCAUAUACUUUCCAAUUCCCAGAUUGCUGCAGCCUAUACUGGAUCAGGCUGUCAGGUGGGAUGGCAAAGGCGUUUUCACCGAAGGUUUUCAGGAUCUGCAGAACAGGCUUGACGAGAGGUACUACUCUUCUGUGCAGGCUUUCAAUGAAGAUCUUGUGGCGGUAUUGGGUACCGAGCUUGAAUCGGCCCCGAUUGCUAUUGUGGGGGGUGUUGAUGAUCACGUCAGCAAGAUCGCUCAUAGUAAUCUAACCCCAGAACAGAAAGAGUUGAAGAAGCUUGUCAAGCGUAUGACAAAGGGACUCCAAAUACUUUUGGAGGAGGCCACUCGCAAGGAGGCUGAGUUAGCCGGCCGGCCCUAUGAGAAAUUACCCGAUCUUGAGAAGCUUCUCAGUGAGAACCUCCAGCGUAGGUCAAGCGUGCUCUCGCAGGAAAGUGUGCGACAAACCACGGAAGGAGAUCAGACGACUGUGGAACGGGCCAUGGAGGACGCGGUCGAUGGGGAAGAGGCGGCAGUGAUAGCUGAGAAAGACGACAUGCAGCUUGCGCCUACACCUGACGACAAUGCUGCAGACGCCCACCACGCCCACGAUGACGCAGCAGACGAGGCAGCCAUCGCAGCUCAACUUGGGCAAGACACUCUGCACGCCUCGCACAUGCUGCCGCGCGAUGAUGUUAUGGAUGUAGACAACACAGAGGAGAACAGACGCGCGGAACCAUUGACGCCGCCAAGGUCUGAGAAGAACCUGCUGAAUCCGUUUGGCAACGGUGGUGUGCCCUGGUACCUAGAAAACUUCGACAUUGAAGGUACUACAGUGUACGAUGAGCGGUAUACGGGCCGAAAAGUGCUACGGGACAUGAGUGAGGAGCUCAGCGAACUCGACGAUGAUGAGUUGGAUGGUCUUGCAGGCUCAGAUCCAGUUCGACCCACGGAUACGCCAGAGAUCAAUGUGACUGAGAUACGGAAAGCACGGAAGAAACAGAAGAGAUCAAGGGGUUGUGCUCUCUUUGCGUCUCUAUCAGACGCCCCCUUGACUCACCGUUCAGGCAAGGAGACAUCUGAGCGCAACGCUACCGCAGAUCAACCUUACAGGCCCAGACAAAACUUUGGCAAACAACACCUCCCCCCAAGCAGCCUACCACCAUCUCCCCCGACCCACCACAACAUCAUCACCAUGGAGUACGAAAACGAACCUCGCGGCUACGACGACGAGCCUCGCGGCUAUGAGCGCGACCGUAGCAGGUCUCCACGCGGUGAGCGUCGCGACACCGACAACGCGCGCGCCCGCAGUGCCUCACCCAACAAUCGCGACAGCCGUGGCCCGCCGCCCGAGCGCAGGGAUGAUGACGACGAGAGUCGCAACUCUGGCUCCAACCUGUUCGUCACUGGCAUUCACCCUUCGCUCACUGAGGAAGAAGUGACCCGACUCUUUGAGAAGUAUGGCGAGGUCGAGCAAUGCAACAUCAUGCGUGACCCGCACACCAAGGAGUCUCGCGGCUUCGGCUUCGUGAAGAUGGUUACCUCUGACCAGGCUGACGCGGCCAAGGAGGGUCUGCAAGGAGAGGUUCACCAGGGCAGGACACUGAGCAUCGAGAAGGCACGACGUGCGCGUCCCCGCACGCCGACUCCGGGCAAGUACUAUGGCCCACCCAAGCGUGAGUUUGGCGGACGUGGAGGUGGCAGGGGCGGUGGUCCUCGCUACGGCGACCGGUACGAUGACCGUCGCGGCGGUGGCGGCUAUGGUCGACGUGACGACUAUGGCUCACGUGGCUCCCGCUACGAGGACCGUGGCUACGGUGGUGGCCGGCGCGAUGACUAUGGUCCACGAGGUGUCGACCGUUAUGCUUCCGACCGGAGCUAUGGUGGCAGGGACGGUGGACGCGAUGGUGGCCGUGAUGGCGGUCGUGAUGGCGGACGUGACGAUCGUCGCGGCGGCGGUGGCGGCUACUAUGACCGUCCUCCUCCCCCGGCUGCUGGCGCAGGUGGCUAUGGCGAUGCCCCUCCUCCCCGUGAGCCGUACAGCGGCGGAGGACGCUCGUACGAGGAACCCAAACGCUACUAG